UGUUGAACGAUGGUUCUUGUUCCAAUAAGCAAGCAGAGCGCGAGGCGAGGAGCCGAGAAAAUGACAGAAAGGCGACUAUGGCUAAAUAAACAGUUCCAUCCAAAUAAGGAAGAGUAGCCGACUAGCAAAGCAACGCCUUGGUACCGGACAUGGGCUCAGAAAACAUGGAAAGCAAUGUCAUGUUGGAGCUUGCUGCCGAAGCCUUCCAGGCGAGAAACUUUGAGCUGGCUGCUGAGAUCUACGAAUGCCAGCUACAGGAUUUCAGCGACCAGGGGACUCAUCAGGACCUGCUGGUCAAGCGGGCGGACGCGCUGGCGUUCGGGGGGAAGCUGGCCGAAGCGUUCGAGGUCUACCGGCAGGCCUCGGCACUCGAGAGGCUGAGACCUGCGCAGCUGGAGACCCUCACCGACUGUCUCAUCGGCAGCAUCCGAAGCAAGGAAGGCUUGCCCCUUCAGAGGUGCCCACAGGGGCAGAGUGCCGCCGGCUUCGGCGGCCACGAUCCUUUCACCUGCAGGAUAUGUCUGGGAUUCCUCUACGAGCCCGUUACCUUGCCUUGCGGACACUCGUUUUGCAAAAAGUGCCUGGACAGAGAGAAGAAGCCGGCGUGCUGCCGGCAGUGCAAAGACGCCUCGAAACUCGCCGACGUGCAGAGCUACCGAGUCAACGUAAUUCUUAGCAACUUGUUAUCCAAGUGGUUUCCGACCCAACUCUUAGCUGUGCAGCUGAGACACGAGGGGAAUGUUUCGUACUCGGAGAAAAAACUGGAAGCCGCUUUAGAGAAGUACAAUGAAGCAAUAAAACUAGCUCCCAGGGACUAUGUACUGUUCAGUAACCGUUCACAAAUAAACUCCAGUCUGAGAAACUUUGAAGAUGCACUCUGUGAUGCCGAAAUGGCGUGUAGAAUUCAACCACUUGGGUUAAAGGGACAUUUAAGGAAAGCACAAGCUCUAGCUGCUCUUAGGAAAACUGAAGAAGCUUUAACCGAAUACCUGUUUUGCAUUGCACUAGAACCGGAAAGCAAACUGGCGAAAUCGGAAGCCCAGAAGUUGCUGAGUGACAUGUUUGCUCCAGUACCUGACAAAGUCCAGGAGAGGAUACCGGACUGCAUGAGUCUACUGUCGGCUCGAGUCCGAUUAAAGGGAAAUGCAUUGAGCACCUUGAACUCCAACUACAGCAUCAGCACUCCAAGGCUAUAUAAGGACUCUGUGAAGAGAAGCGCCACCUUAAAUUUGCCGGAGAAAUCAAAACCACCUCCGUCCAUCAGUUCUAAAAAAUCCGGCACUAUAAACAGCUUUAGGUGUCCCUGCUCUGAAAAUAGGGAAAAGGAUGAGAGCUUUUGUGAAGUCUGUCAUCCCCCUGUUGUGGACAGGAACUUCCUUCUCAAACGGAAAUACAGUUCAGAAGAUGAAGAUAAAGUUGAAAGCAACGAAGGUUCCUAUAAACACUUAAAAUUAGAAACAACACUAAAAGAAAAGGCAGCCUCCUGGUACUCUGUGGUCCGUGACCUCAUUGAUGCUGCAGAUCUGGAAUGCUCCCUGUGUAUGAGACUUUUCUAUGAACCUGUUACAACUCCAUGUGGCCACACGUUUUGUCUGAAAUGCCUAGAGAGAUGCCUGGAUCACAACGCCAAGUGUCCACUAUGCAAGGAGGGUCUCUCGGAGUACCUGGCUCAGAGGCAGUACAGCAAAACCACUCUAAUGGAGGACCUCAUAGCUACCUAUUUGCCAGAGGAGCUUGUGGAAAGAAGGAAGGUUUACGAAGAGGAAAUGGCAGAGCUAUCCAAUUUGAAUAAGAACGUGCCUAUAUUCGUGUGCACCAUGGCCUUCCCCACCGUACCCUGCCCUCUGCACAUCUUCGAGCCCUGUUACCGGCUGAUGAUCCGACGAUGCAUGGAGACUGGCACAAAGCAGUUUGGAAUGUGCAUUAGCGACUCGCUCAAAGGGUUUGCAGAUUAUGGCUGCAUUCUGGAAAUCAGGAACGUGGAGUUUUUCCCUGAUGGCCGCUCUGUUGUUGAUACCAUUGGAAAGAGGAGGUUUAAAGUAAUCCAGCACGGCCAGAGAGAUGGCUACAACACCGCAGAUAUAGAGUACUUGGAAGACAAGAAGGUUGAAGGAGAAGAAGAGACCGAGCUGCUAGCACUCCAUGAUGCUGUGUACGAUCAAGCCUUAACCUGGAUUAAUUCUAUCAGACCGGAACAGAAAGAACGAAUUAUUGGGCAUUUUGGGCCUAUGCCUGAAAAAGACCCAGAGCCACAGGUCAGUCCCAAUGGCCCCCCGUGGUGCUGGUGGUUACUUGCGGUGCUGCCUCUGGAAGAGCGAGCUCAGCUGCCAUUCCUGGCUCUGACGUCUCUGAAGGACCGGCUGACGGGCAUCCGCCGAGUGCUCAUGUUCAUGUCCCGCAACCGGCCGCGGUGACCUGGCCGCCCUCUAGUUUGUAUUUGCCUGUUUGUUUGUUUGUUUUUUAAGACCAAAAUUUGUAUAGCCUUUUUGUAUUAAAGAACAUUGUAAUUAAAACAACAAAUGAUAAAUCAUUAA